UGCGCCACAUAGGAUGAGGGUGUAGGCCACGUGGUUAGGGUUAUCUGGAUGUUAAGAAUCGAUGGCUGGAGAAUAUCCAUGAUAUGGUCAAAGGUAACUGUCAGGUUCAUCCACUGUGUGAUCUCCCUUACCCACUGGACCCCUGUGUUUCUCCAUGUUCCUGUAGUUUCUGUCUCACAGUUUUGCCCACUACAGUUCCUGUGAAUGUCUUUCCUCUACAUUUGUGUGGUGCAUGGAGCGUGUCCACCGGAAAUCUGCACUUCUGUGCAAAUUUCUAUGUCCAGACUCAGUGAAAGAUUAAUAAUCUGAUGAAUUUUAACUGUUAUUAGAUUGAGUAUUGACCAAAUGGAACAUGUGAGAUUGAUAUCAGGAUUACUAGUGAACAAUUAAAAAAGAGGCUGAGUUGAUGUUUUGUACAUGCAGAUUUCCGGGUUGUAUUGAUGCAUUGCUAUCACCUCCAUCAUAGACAUAUGUCAAAACCCAACACCUGUUGUACCCUUCGGCCUCUGCAAGGUUGGUGUUUCUGUAGUUGUUUCACCAGAGUUUUUGUAAACGCGGAAAAUCCGUUGUCUACUGAGAGAAGACAUUAUUCGAAUUUGUGUGUGUGUUUGUGUAGCAAGAUGCUUAGGUCUCGCCUAGCAAUCCGACACAGUCUUGGGAAAUUAUUGAUGAAUUUCAGAUAGCAAGUGUCUGUUCAUGAUAGUAGAUUUAAUGGUGUGAUUAUGAGGCAUUAAAAUCUCAGUAUCGUUACGUCUCUGUACAUUACUGAGUUGUAAAGAUGUUUAUUGUCACAAGGCGGAGUAUAAUGUUAGGAAUAUAAUAAUACUAGUAAUUUUUAGUUCUUGAGACGGUUACGAUACAUAUUGUCUGUUAAUUUUAAAGUUAAUUGUCUGCAACCCAGUGUCCUUUAGACGAUCGGCAUUAUUUUUUGACCGUAAUAAGUGUGUCCAGUAGCAUGUUUUCAUAAAUAACUCGUGUGUUUUGCUCGUUUCUAGUGUACAUUAUCGUCUUCCCUCUAGACGCUUUAAAAAAUACAUUCUGGCCUUUUGGGCAGUUUCAUGUAGUAUUCGUCGGCGAAAUUUGGCGGCACAGAUAAAAGUCAUUCCUCUGGCAUAAGAAAUUUCGAGAGGCGCCGCCAGCUUUUUGUUGUACAGUCCGAUGUACUUGAUGCCCAUGGCUAUUUUCAGUUUUAUCCUCAUUUAAAGGAGAACGACUAAAAUCAAAGUGAACUGAUAUGUCAUCCUUUGAUCUAUUUACUAAUUAAUUAUUAAUUUGCUGACGCCAACACCUUUCUUGGUCAACAGCAUGACCUUUGUUUUUAAACAAGGAAAGACGAAAGUGAUUUUGCGAUUCAGCAACGACUUCCAAAUUUUCUUCGUCAAUAUACAAAGUUGUAUUCCAUUGUUUGCAUAGGGAAUCCUGUUCCGUCUUGUUUCAGUUCAAGUUUGUUGCAGCUAUGACAUUCAAACCCCAUUAUCAAAAGGUUGUUGUGGUGCUCUGUUUGACCAAACUAGCGUACACGUAUAUCCUAGUACUUCGCGUUUAUUAUUGUGUCCUAACGGUAGAUGGUGUUUUCGAGUUGUUAUUCAUUACUUGGCAAAGUCCGAGUUGUUUUGUCUCCACUUGAGAGUAAUUAAUCACUUGUAAAGUAUGAGUGGGUUUUGUUGGCGUAAACAGCAGUUGGCUCCGAGUUCAGACGUAUUUCCAUCGAUUUUUAUCUUCGGAUAAUGCCAUCAGUCUUCGUAUAAUAAGUGUCUCUCAUUGAUACACAUAAAACUGUAUCUGUCAACUGAUAGUUGAAUUUGAUUAGCAGUUUAAUGUUGUUGUGCAGGCUUCCAUUUGAAAACACAUAAGAGAAAUAGGCAAAUGAUGAGGCAAUACUCAUAUGGAAGAUGAAUAAUCUGUGUAGUUACUUUGGCAGUAUAUGGCGUUUACUUCUCGUGGUAUUUGCAUUUUUUUUCAGAUGGCUCGCCGCGAACAACAGUCAGAGCAAGGCUGUCCUCGAACCAGGAGUAAGUUGUCAAAGUCUGGUGACGACAAUGUUCCAGGUAUAUCAUGGAAAGAAGAACAAGAAUUACGCAAAGCUAUGUACGUUUCUUUAAGAGAUCAACAACAGUCAAACCCUGAAGGUAAUACUUGUGAACGUCUUCGAUCUUUGCGCUCCAGUUUAUCGAGCACGACGCGCAUCACAUCACCUAAGAAGUUAAGGUCAAAUCUUUUAAAAUCCCGAUCCGCAGUUGAUAAUAAACUUGCGAGAAAAGAGACUUGUAAUCCGAAUAGAAAACGGACUUCACAAGGUAGUCAAUCUUCAUCCAAAUCAUCAAAGAGAGAGCAACUUAAUAGCAACACAAUGAAUUCAACUGCAAAUAUUGGAACUGUUGGAACUUCACAACAAACAGAACCUAAAAAACAUUCCAGGUCAAGCACAAAAAUGAAUGCCUCCUUUCAACCACCACGAUUCACUUGUUCUGCCUAUGACUUUCUUCUUAAAAAUGGAUUUCGAUUAUAA